UGUUAUCUGUAUUACAACAGCUUGAGGGCAUAGGUCAGCAUAUAUAUCAGUGCCACAUUAUGCUAAAAUUUCGAGUAAAAACGUCAGAUACGAAAUGAACACAUUACACAGAAUACAAAGUGCUAUUAUCCGGUUCGGGAAUCGCAAUUAUGGCAAAGUUGGAAUAAUCGGAGUGCCUUUUGAAAAGGGACAGCGAAAAAAAGGAGUAGCACAUGGCCCACAAGUAAUUAGAGCAGCUAGAUUAGUACAAGAAUUAGAAUUAUUGGGCUUGGAUGUGAAAGAUUAUGGUGACAUUUCAUACGAAGUAAAACAUGUAGAUGGAGUAAAUAAUAUGAGCUAUUUGGGCGAUUUUGCUGGUUGCACCAGUUGCCUGUCUGAACAAGUUCAGAAAGUUUUAAAAGAAGGUAGAAGAGUAUUGACCAUUGGUGGUGAUCACAGCUUAGGGGUUGGAUCUAUAGAUGGUCAUGUCAAGGAAAAAAAGGAUGUGGCAGUUAUAUGGGUUGACGCACAUGCAGAUCUGAAUACGAAUAAAACUAGUGAGAGUGGAAAUGUUCAUGGGAUGCCUGUGGCAUUAUUAACUUCUGAAUUAGCUGACUACUGGCCACAUCUUCCAGGAAUGGACUGGCAACAACCAAUGCUGUCUAUAAGAAAUGUAGCUUAUAUUGGAUUAAGAUCUAUAGAUCGAUACGAAAGAUUAGUAAUUGAAAAGUUUGGUAUUACUGCCUUUGGCAUGGAAGAUGUUGAAAGAUAUGGUAUUCAUGACGUCGUUUACAUGGCACUCAGUAAAAUAGAUCCAGACGAGUCUAAAUCAUUACAUGUUAGUUUUGAUAUUGAUUCUCUGGAUCCAUUGGAAGCACCUUGUACAGGGACGCCAGUCUUAACGAAUUUUAUUUCAGUACGUGGUGGACUAUCACUUCGAGAAGCUGUCCAUCUAAUGGAAAUAGUGUGUAGGAGUAACAGAUUGAAUGCAUUAGAUUUUGUAGAAUUGAAUCCUCAUAUUGGUAGUCAACAUGAUGUACAAUUAACUGUUGAGGCUGCCAUACACAUAAUUCAAGCUGGGUUCGGUUAUAGCAGAAGAGGUCUUAAAGUUCCAAAGGGUAUUACUGAUAUGCCUUUACAGACAUUUAGAUAAAACUUUUAUUCAAACUAUCGUAGCACAAUUAAGUCACUAUGUCAGGUCUCUUUUUAAGUCUGUACAGUAUGAUACUUUUGUAAACUUUCAAACAAUACCACAGUAAUAUAACAGAGAAACAAAAUAAAACAAUAUAUUUCAUUAUUA